CAGGAACCUAGAGUAUCACUUUUCUUCUAUGGCCAGUUUACAGCAGGUGAGUCCACAUCUUAGUUACCGUAAUUCCCUUGUAAAGACUAUCCAACGUCCUCGGUCUUUUACAUGCGCCAUAGUAGCCAAAACGACACCAGGUAAUGAGUCUCCAUUUGUUCCUCGUCGUUCCGCAAACUAUCGGCCUUCUCUUUGGGACCGUCACCAUCUCCUAACGGUGAAGAAUAAAUAUACGAAUGUUAAAAGUGUGCGAGAGAGGGAUUUGUUGAAAGAAACUGUGAGAAAGAUGCUCGAUCAUGAGAAGAGUACUCAUCUCGACCAGUUGGAGCUCAUUGACGAUCUACAAAAACUAGGUGUUUCUUACCAUUUUGAACGGGAAAUCGGCAAUAUUUUGAUAUUUAAUUAUCAAAAGUUAGAUAGAAGAAACUUCAAAGAGUGUGGCAUGGAAUACGAUCUACACGCUACGGCACUCGAAUUCCGGCUGCUUAGACAACAUGGUUUCAAUGUUUCAGAAGAUGUAUUUGACGUUUUCAUGGAAAACUGUGGGAAGUUUGUGAGCGGUGAUAUAAAUGGUUUUAUAUCUCUGUACGAGGCGUCAUAUCUUUCAACAAAAUCGGAUACUAAACUGCAAAACUCCAUCAGAUUUUUUGCAACACAACAACUCAGAGACUAUGUUGAUAAUCCAAGUAAUAAAGAUUUUGCAUCCUGUGACCUCGGAGAAAUGGUGGUCCAAGCGUUAGAUAUGCCGUACCAUUGGCGAAUGAGAAGACUAGCCACGAGAUUGUACAUUGAUGUGUAUGGAAAGAAACCUCACAAGAACCAUGUCUUAGUUGAAUUCGCUAAGCUCGAUUUCAAUAUCGUACAAGCUCUUUAUCAGGAAGAACUCAAAUACGUUUCCAGCUGGUGGAGGGAGACAGGUUUAGCUAAUCAACUUCACUUUUCAAGAGAUAGAAUAGUGGAGAAUUAUUUUUGGACUAUUGGACAAAUCCAAGAGCCUCAAUUUGGUUACGUUAGACGAAUAAUGGCCAAAAUAUAUACACUCCUCACAACGAUCGACGACAUCUACGAUAUCUAUGGCACUCUUGAAGAACUUCAACUCUUCACUGCCGCCUUUGAAAAUUGGGAUGUAAAUCGGCUUAAUGAACUCCCCGAGUACAUGAGGUUGUUUUUUCUUGUUGUGUACAAUGAAGUCAAUAGCAUUGGAUGUGAUAUCCUCAGAAAUAAAAAAAUCAACGUGAUUCCUUUCCUCAAAAAGUCUUGGACAGAUGUAAGCAAUGCAUUUUUAGUAGAAGCAAUAUGGUACAAAAGAGGGCACAAACCAAAUAUGGAAGAGUACAUGCAAAAUGCUUGGAAAUCAAUCGCAGUCCCAACGAUACUUGUUCACUUCUACUGUAUAUUUUCUGACGAACUCUCUAUUCAAGUCUUGGAGACUUUGUCCGAGCACCUCCAAAAUGUUGUCCGAUGCUCUGCCUAUGUGGUCCGUCUAGCCAACGACCUUGCAACCUCGCAGGAUGAAUUGGCGAGAGGAGAUGUCCCCAAAUCCAUCCAGUGUUACAUGAACGAGACCGGAUCUUCAGAGGAGAAAGCACGUAUGCACGUGCGGCAAAUGAUCAACAACAUAUGGGAUGAACUGAAUUACGAGAAAAUUGAAAAUCGCCAGUCACUUAUCUCUCAAGAUUUUGUGGAAUCAGCAAUGAACUUGGCACGCAUGUCACAGUGCAUGUAUCAACAUGGUGAUGGCCAUGGCUCUCCAGAGAAAUCCAAAAUCGUUGAUCAUAUCAUGUCCUUACUCUUUAACCCCAUUCCUCUAAAUUGAAUUGUAUACAUUAAAAAUGUGGAUGGACAGACGCGGCAAACACAGAACAUCAAUAAGUGUGACACAUGGCACAUGCUCUUUUUCCUUUUCUUUUAAUAGUUUAAAUAAUUUGCUCUAUACCUAAAAUCCCACACCAUAAUAUAUUUGUUUAUAAACGUCCAAUUUGUGCUAUUAAACGU